GCACUUCCCGCACUACUACUACAGCCUGCGCCUCUCCCUGCCGGGCACCAACGCCUCGGCCCGGCUGCUGGUGCUGGACACGGUGCAGCUCUGUGGCGGCGUGGACGACUUCGGGAAGAGGAUGACGGGGACACUGGAGACGCAGUUCACUUGCCCCUUCUGCAACCACGAGAAGUCCUGCGACGUCAAAAUGGACCGCGCCCGCAACACGGGGGUGAUCUCCUGCACCGUCUGCCUGGAGGAGUUCCAAACACCCAUCACCUACCUGUCAGAGCCUGUGGACGUCUACAGCGACUGGAUCGAUGCCUGUGAAGCUGCCAACCAGUAG